GCGAUACGACAAGAAGUUGUAGUCAGUUCCUCCAGUCUAUACGGUCAGUUUAUAGUAUGUAGCGUCUGACACACGCCACAAGACUGAUUAAUAAUUCUGUAUAUACUUACAUUGUUACUGUUAAGUGCAUGAGGAUGCAGAGGAGUACGACGGACAGGGACUUUUUAAGAGAAGGAGUCGGUCGCUCGUACUCGUCAGAGGAACCAGAAGAAGCUGCUCCGGGGAGGACCGUCAUGUCCUCAGAGGGAGCGGGGGGGAGGACACGGUGGCUGGUGGUCCUGCUGUCCGCGCUGUUUUCUGCCGGAGUUGUGGCCGCUGUGGGUUGUGUCUGCGCCCUCAUAUACCCCAUACUCAAAGAGCUGCGGGCAGAGAGAGUGAGAGGAGAGGACGGCACGGAGCAGAGGAUGCUGGGUUUCUGGAGUGUCCUGGUGCUGUCAGUGUUAGUGGGGUUCAUCUGCUGUGUCUUCUCAUGGACCCUCACCUACCUCGACUCAGAGCGGACUGGCGUGGCGUUGGGAGCGCCACUGACACUGGCCCACUUCAGAGACAUCUCUGGCCAUGGCUUCCACUUUGGUUAUGGCGUUGCUGUGCUUAAUGGCAUCAUGGCCAUGCUCACUGUGGUGUGGAGCCUCACCUGACACACAGACACGCUCAGGAGAAGGUGCACUAAUACUGGCCAGGGACCAGCCUAUGACAGGUUGAAGGGGUCUCCACUGCUGAAACGCUGCUGUUGUCAAGCUGUUUUCCCACUCACCCUGUGUAGAUA